GUGUCUUAUUUCUUUUCUACCUCUUAUCUAUCGUCUCAUUCGCGCGCUUUUCAAUUUUGGGGGUAGGCUGAGUUAGUAUAAGAAAAGUUAAUAAAAAAUAUUAGUUUCUAAUUUUCGAGUUUCUAAUCUAGCAGUAUUUUAAAAUAAUGCUAUUCAUCCUAAUUCUGACUGCAACAGUAUUAAUAUUAACUGUUAAUAUUUGGAGGGCAUGGCGAAAACUACCAAAUGGACCACUUCCAAUUCCCCUCAUUGGAAAUUUCCAUCAAUUAUUUUACUAUGCCUGGAGAUUCGGAGGAAUUGUUGAGGGAAUAAAAGAAAUGAAGAAGCAAUAUGGAAAGGUUUUCACGUUAUGGAUGGGUCCACUGCCAAUGGUGAAUAUAUGUGAUUAUGAUAUUGCCUACGAAACACAUGUCAAAAGAGCAAACAUUUUUGUAAAUAGAUAUAUACAUGGAGCCACAGAGUAUAUCAGAGAAGGGAGAGGAAUUAUUGGAUCAAAUGGUGAUUUUUGGUUGGAACAUAGAAGAUUCGCGCUUACAACUUUUAGAAAUUUUGGAAUUGGGAGGAACAUUAUAGAAGGCAAAAUUAUGGAAGAAUAUAAUUAUCGAUUUGAGGAUUUCCACGAGACUCAUUUCAAAAAUGGAGCUAUUCAAGUCAGCGCCUCUAUGUUUUUUGAUCUACUUGUCGGAUCCAUUAUCAAUCAAUUGUUGGUCUCUGAAAGAUUUGAGCAAGACGAUAAAGAGUUCGAAGAGCUGAAAACAAAACUUACAAUGGCAUUGGAAAACAGUUCAAUUAUUGAAGGUGUAAUGCCUUUAUGGCUGUUAAAGUCGAAAUUUAUGAAAUGGAGAACCAAGACAACAUUUGCCCCAUUCGAUUUUAUUUAUGAGGUCGGACAAAAAGGAAUUCAAAGAAGAGUUGCUGCUAUUGAAAAUGGAACACAUGUUUUAAGUGAAGAAGGUGACGAUUUUGUAGACGCAUUUAUAAUUAAAAUUGAGAAGGAUAGUAAAGAAGAAGUCGAGUCAACUUUCACCCUCGAAACACUUGCUGUGGACCUGUUUGAUCUCUGGGUAGCCGGACAAGAAACAACAUCCACUACGCUUUGUUGGGCAUUUGUUUGCCUGAUGAAUUACCCAGAAGUUGUCGAGAAGCUUAGAAAUGAACUAACAGAAGUCACUGGAGGAAUGCGUAGUGUUUCAUUAGCCGAUAGAUCAAGUACAUUAUACCUGAAUGCUACUAUAAAUGAAAUUCAGAGAAUCGCUUCCAUACUCAAUGUCAAUCUCCCACGUGUUCUUGAAGAAGAUGCUCUAAUUGACGGAGUACUUGUGCCAGCGGGCACAGCAUUCGCCACUCAACUUUCCGCCAUGCACACUGACGAUGAGACUUUCAAAAACCAUAAAGAGUUCAAUCCCGAAAGAUUUAUGGAAAACAAUAACUUGGAGAAAAAACUGAUUCCAUUUGGAAUCGGAAAACGUUCCUGUCCCGGUGAAUCUUUGGCAAGAGCCGAGCUAUAUUUGAUCAUUGCAAACAUUGUCAUGGAAUACGAAAUAGAACCAGUUGGCGCUACUCCGAAAAUGAAGACCCCAACGCCGUUCUCGUUACUGAAACGACCACCAUCAUAUGAAAUUCGAUUUGUAAAACGUUCUUAAUAGUCUUCGACUGUUUUCCAAUUGUAGUUUAGAUAAGAAAAAAACCAAUAAAUAGUUCAGUUUUGGACAAAAAUGGCCC